GUGGCAGUACUUGAUGAAGCUGACAGAAUUCUGGACAUGGGUUUCACCGACACACUCAAUGCCAUUAUUGAAAACCUUCCGAAAACACGGCAGACCCUUCUCUUCUCUGCCACUCAAACCAAGUCCAUCAAAGAUCUGGCCAGACUGAGCCUGAAGUACCCAGAGUAUGUGUGGGUUCAUGAGUAGGCUAAGUUCAGUACACCAGCCACUCUGCAACAGAACUAUGUUGUGUGUGAGCUGCAUCAGAAAGUCAACAUGCUCUUCUCGUUUAUGAGGAGUCACCUUAAGAAGAAGAUCAUAGUCUUUUUUGCCUGCUGCAAAGAGGUUCAGUAUCUGUUCCGGGUCUUCUGCCGGUUGCGUCCGGGUAUCUCCGUACUUGCUUUGCAUGGCAAACAGCAGCAAAUGAAGAGGGUGGAGGUUUAUAAUGACUUUGUCCGCAAGACCUCAGCCGUCCUCUUCGCCACAGACAUCGCUGCCAGAGGACUUGACUUCCCUGCAGUGAACUGGGUGCUGCAGUUUGACUGUCCUAAAGAUGCAAACACAUACAUCCACAGAGUUGGCAGAACAGCCAGGUAUAAGGAGGGGGGCGAAGCUCUCCUUGUCCUAUUGCCCUCAGAGGAGAAGGGCAUGAUUGCACAGCUUCAAGACAAGAAAGUUCCCAUUAACAAAAUCAAGGUGAACCCAGAGAAGUUGGUGUCCGUCCAGCAGAAGUUGGAGGCCUUCCUGGCACAGGAGAAGGAGCAGAAGGAACGAGCACAGAGGUGUUUUGUGUCCUACCUCCGCUCCGUCUAUCUGAUGAAGAACAAAGACGUCUUUGAUGUUUUCCAGCUCAAACUCCCAGAAUAUGCCAUGUCACUGGGUUUGGUGGUGGCGCCGCAGGUCCAUUUCCUCAACAAGGCCCAGCAAGAGAAGAGUGGAGUGGCGCAGGAUGACAGUGGUGCUGCAGGAAACAUGUCUAAAGAUGAGCUGAAGAGUUUUAAAGCUCAACUCAAAGGAGAGCAGUCUAAGUCUCAAUCCUCACAGUCUGAGGAGGAAGAAGAAGAGGAUGAUGAUGAGGAGGAGUCAUUAAAGCCUGCAGCUCUGCUAUGUGGCUAUAAUGAGGAGGAUGAAGACGACCAGAAAGAACAGGACCUACUGACUGUCAAGCGUAAAGAUGUGUUCAAUAUCAAUGAAGAGAGCCAGGAUGAUGAUGAGGUGCUAAGGCCAACAAUAAGAAACAAGGAAUCCAAAUUCAAAGAUGCAAAGAAAAUACAGAAAAAAAACUUCAAGGUCAACACUAAGAAGAUCUUCACUGAGGAGGGAGAGGUGGUGCAGCAGUGGCCUCCAUUGCAAAAGACCGUGGUACCAGAUGAAGAGGAGGACGAGGAGACAUCUGGCAUUAACAUGGAAGCAGCCAAAGAGCGGCUUCGCAAGGAAGACCAGGAGUUCGACAAGAUCGAGUACCGUCGUAAAAUCAAGGAGAAACAUAGGGAGAAAAGACUGAAGGAGAAAGCAGCUCGAAGGAAAGUGAACAAACAGCAUAAAGAGGAGGAGGAGGAAGUGGUAGCAUAUCUGUAAGGUGCCGAUGAAGAAUUUGACCCCAGCACACUUCCUGACCCUGACAAAGUGCGCAACUCAGAGUCCUCCUCUGAGGAGGAAGAAGGCGAUUCAUCAGACCGAGGUGGCAGGAAGAGAAGUUUCAGCAGCGACAGCAGUGAGGAUGAUGAUAGUGAUGAUGAAGUACAGCAGACACAUGUGGGCAAUAAGAAGCCCAGGAAAGAGUCCACACUAACUCCUCUGGACACUGGCCUCUCGCUGGCUGAAGACGAGGAGCUUGUGUUGCAUUUAUUGGGCAGUCACAGCUAGUUCCUUUGGAAACAGGUCCCUG